AUGGGCAGGGCUUCGUCAGAGGGAACUGACGUGAAGCUGAAGGAGAAGAGAAAAGACAAAGAGGCUCUGAAGGAGAAGGAAAAGAAAGACAAGAAGGAGUCUGAAAGAGACAAGAAGGACAAACAGCGUAAGGACAAGGAGCGUGAGAAGGAGAAGGGCAAGGAGAAGCCCAAAGCCAGACCAAAGGCUGAUGGUGGUAAGAGGAAGGAAGAGGACAGUGAUGACGACAUCGAGAAGGAGAAGGAGAAGGACAAGCUUGCCUUCCUUGCUGCCAUCAAAGGUCUCAGAGAGAAAGACAAGAAGGUGGAGAAGAAGAAGCCACAGUCUGAGACAAAGAAGAAGCUCAAGAAUGCCCGCAGUUCCAGUAGCGAAAAGAACCGCAAGGAGCGGCGGGAGAAGCGACGGCGCUCCGAGCGUAGCCGGUCCAAAGAUGACGAGUCCUCUGGCUCAGACACGCCGGAAAAGCCGAAGAAAGAGACGGCACUUGUGACCAGCUCCGGAUUUGGUGCGCCUCUGGCCCUGGUGACCAGUAUCGUGCCAGCAGCUGUGGGUGCCAGCGACGUCAUCGGCGUCUUCUGCCGCUCUGCAGGGGCUGACCAGAACUCUGAGCAAGCGCUCAGAGCACUGCCAGCACAUCUGCAACAAGCCGUGAUGGCAGAAGGCUCCAUUGCUGGCUUGAAUCCAUCAGCUGUGCUGAUGGGUCGGAUACGCAAGGCCAUGGCUCCAGGCGGAUGGUCGCUUCUUGCAUUGAUACAGGUAGCCAUUUGUCCCUUUUCAGUGGACGGGCGUGCUGAUGGCUUUCUCGUUGAGAAGAAGGGUCUGCGAGCCCGCAGCCUGGAUGCAGAAGCCUUCAAGUCGGAGGUCCGAAAUGCCAUGGAUGAGGCGCUGGGCUGCGGCGGGGAGGUCACCGAGGAGCACCUGCAGGCGACAGAAGAGGAUCUGCGCAAGAUGUUUGUCACACUGCCGAAGAACAGCAACGGGCGUCUUGAGAGAAGAUCGCUGAGGUAUCUUGUGUACCGCUAUUUUCAUCGACGGUCGGCUUUGGUGCUCCGAGGCUUUGAGCCAACUCGCCUCGUCAAUGAAUCGACAUGGGGUGCUGCCGAUAUUCUUAGUGAACAGGUGCCUGGAUUUGUGGAGUCGGUGCUGCAUUCAAGCCACGUAGCGGAGAGCGGAUUUGAUUUACGAGAUGCUGCUUACAUGGUCGCGACGCUGGAACAGCUCAUUUUCGACUCGGAGAGCGCCCUCUUGGAGAAGUCCGCUACGGCCAGCCUGGUGAAAAUGUUUGCCAAGGCAAAGGCCAUCAACGAAGCGGAUGCACAAAGAGAGGCGGAGGAGGAUACGAGGAAGAGGAGGGUCAAGAAGGAGCCUGAGGAAAAGCCAAAAAGGAAAGAGAAGGCGAAGACCAAUGCAGGAGGCUUCGCCAAGCGGGAGAGGGCCAAUGCCAAGGCCAAGGUCCAGGCCAAAGCCAAGGCCAAAGCCAAGGCCAAGGCCAAGGCUAAGGCGAAGGUGAAAGCCAAAACCGCCAAAGCCAAAGCGUCUCCAAAGGUCAAGGUCAAGAAGGAGUUGGAUGAAGAUGCCGCUCAGAAGAAGCUGGUGCGCCGAAAAACGGACAAGCAGAGCGCAAAAGCGAAGGCGAAGACUAGAGCCACAAAGGUGAAGGUCAAGAAGGAGUUGGACGAAGAUGCUGCUCAGAGGAAGCGGUGUCGUAAAGAAUCAGGGGAGCAGGCCGGGACCUGGGAGAAGAAAUUCUACGUUCAUCAGUCGGGCUUCGUCGACCAGGUCAUGGCCACAGCGUGGGAUGUUUGCUUUGGUGCCCUUGGAACUGGUAUAGUGGGCAUCAGACCGGAGGCUUCAGGAGAAGCUGCACGAGCUUCGACAGACACCAAUGCAGGAGCUGCCCCAAAUGCAAAGGCCAGAGGGUUGGCGAAGGAUGACGUGCUGAUUCUGUUUCGAAACGCGCCCAAAUGCGCACCGCAGAGACGAGGGGGAAACAUGUUGGCCUGCUAUCAAGGAGGUCAUCUGGACCUGGAAAGCCGAAGUCUCGAAUGGAGCUCGCAGAGGAGCGACAGGCAAAAUAGGAUGAUUAACGCGAUCACCGACCAUCUUGGAAACGGUGGGCAAGUAAUUGUAGCCGUUCGACCAGUACACGAAAAGGAGUACCGUCUGCUUGGGCACGUCUCAAAAGCAGAUGGAGUUCAGCUGGCGGAAUGUUUGGUUAGCCCUCACGAGCAGGUGAUCAAGGACUCGGAUGGAAAAUUGCACAAGGCCAUGACGGUGGCAUGCCUUUCUGACCGGAUGAAGGAAGGGAAGUUAAGCAUUCACCGGUGCGAAGAUCCGGACACGGAAAAACUGUGCACAUGCUGCUGCUACAGGACUCCGAACCUCAUCUUUCACUUCGACGAACUGGAGCCUGCUGGGGUCGAGGCCUACUACUCGGAGCCGCCCAGAAGAAUAAAAGCUGGCUUUCGUGUCGAGCAAGCCAAGGUCUUCAACUUGCAGCACAAGCCACUAUCACGGCCGCUCUCCGAGCAGGGUCUCCGGCAACUCUUAGAGGCGUACAUCGCGGUGUGGAUGGCAGGUGACGACAUCGUUCCCUUGCUGGGGAACAACCGAGAGCUCGGGCAGGUCUUCCCUCAUUGGGACCAGCUUCUGCUCUUCGCGAGUGGCCAGAUCUCGGCUUUGAACUACCUCCGCGAGAGCGACCCGAAGGUCAACGUCCAGUCUGGAGGCAACGCUCUGCUCAAACGUUAUUCCUUCACCGAUGCACACACCGUUGUAGGUGGUAUCACAAAGUCAUUCGCAUCCUACUGGGAAUCCGAGUGUCGGGCAAUGAAGCAGAAGCUCGUGAGCUUGGACAAGCGGCGAACGGGCCGCGUGCCUCUGUCUAAGUUCUAUGGCAAGUCCCUCACGGACGCUGAAUGGCGUUUCGGUGAGUCAGAGUCAUAUCUUCGGGAGCUGGGAGCUUUGGAUGAGACAUCCUGGCUGGGAAAGCAGGUGAUCAUCUCAAAUUACAUCCAGGGUGCCUCAAAUUGCAUCGUUACUGCCUCUCACUACUCUGUGUGCUGCAUCAACGAGUGCGAGCCGAUUAUGGAAGAGAUCGAGGCGGCUGUUGAAGGCCCUCUGGCAGAUCCGGACUUCAUGCUCUCUCUUGUGGGCAACAUGACAAGCCUGACGACGUUGGAGGACGAAGUCGAUGUGCACUUGGAUGAAUCCUUGGUUUCGCAGCUCCACUCCAUCGCUAAAGCCCAUGGCGGCAGGGUUCCGAUCCAUGGUCGGCUCUUUGCGCAGUGGCUUCACUACGUCUUCCCUCGUGAUUGCUCCUUUCCUCACAAGUCCGGGGCUGCCCAGUCGCUCUCGCCCACGCAGUUCGGCGAUGGCUAUCUCGCCUCAGAUGAUGAGAUGGAAGCCCAUGCCAAGGACACUAAAGCAGAGAUUCCUCUUGCAACAAUGAAGAAGGAAGAGCUUCAGUGGAUGUCCCAGUGGAGUGAAGAUGAGGAGCUCAUCGCGAGCUACAGCGGACUGCUUGCCGGCCCUUCCUCUGUCUUCCAGGGUGGUGCUUCCAAAACUGUCAUCGCGCUGGGAUUUGGGCUGUUCGUGCUUGCAGCGCUGAUUGGUGGUGUCAGCUUCAAUCGCAAGGCGCCGAAUCAGGACUUUCUGCUGCCGAGUGCCGAAUCUCUGCACAAGGCCAGUGCGGCAGCUGCUGGGCUACAUCGACCUCGUCCGGAAACUGUGGCGGCUGCCGCCGCCGGAGACCCCGUGGCCAAGUUCUGCAUGCAACAUGCGGUGGACUAUUCUGCCGAGAAUGCUCUCAGAGCUCUGCCUGUUGAGCUACAGUGUCGCAUUUUGAAUGAAGGGCCGCUUCGGGCUUCCAAUCCGUCGGCUGUUCUCAUGAGCCGGAUACGUAAGGCACAGACCCUCCUGGCAGAGAUGAGACGGCUCGGAAAAGUGCCUGGUGACGAGGUGCUUGUCAUGGCCGUCAGGAGAAACGUGACUUCGAUCACCGAGCCGGGCAGCUGCAACCCAGCCUGUGCUGCUGGAAGAGGAAUUUGCGGUCACGGAGUUUGUUUCUGUCGAUCACCCUACUCUGGUCCAACGUGUGAAGUCGAGUUCAAGGAAGACUUCAUGCGUUUCGGCUACUUCACAGUUGUUUGCCUCGUGUCGGUGGCGAUUGUCCUCGGGUUCUUUGCGGCAGAUAUCGUGUGGAGAGUUACAAGACCCUCGCCGAAAGCUGCGGCCGUUGGAACGCAGCAGGUCAAGAAAGAGACGUGGCGCCCGCAGGCCAACUGA